UGAUUGUUCCGGCAAUAUUAUUCAAGAUUUGUUCAUCAAUGCAACCAUUUAAAAUAAAGUGAAUGCACAUUUGCAUGGUGGGUGAACCCUAGUCCCAUAUUCUACAUGUGGUUUACCUUUGUCGGGGUGUUUCAGACCAUUUAGUCAAGCCAUAGCUUCAAAGUGGAAGGUCUUCACCCAAAGUUGCUGUCUAGUCCUGGGCGGAGAAACUGUUACGUAAUUCCGAAACGCUCCCUCACAGACACAUUUGAGAGAACCAGGCGGGAAAACAAAAGAUUUACUCGGCUGUUUAAUUUCACACUUGGUGGCCAAGCCCUCCAAAGAUCCACUCUUAAAUUAUGAAUGGCGCUUAGUAGAGUCAUUGAAAGUGCAGUGAUCCAAUUGCCUGACUUCCUCGCAGGUAGCUGGGCUUUCGUUCCCCACUCCGUGGCAGUGCAAAUGCAUUUUUGGAAGAUUGGUUUGGAAAUGAAUGACGAAAACAUGUCAUUAAUGUCAUUGAAUGAUUGAUUGAAAACUGAAAAGAACGUCGAGUGAUUUGCGCCUCGAACCUGAAAAACCUCAGCCGUCUGGUGCCAGAUAUUCUCAUUGAAAUGCAUCGUUCCUGAAAUGGAAGAAUACACGGAAGUUGGGGGGAUUUGUUAACAUACAAUUAUCAAAAAAAAAUGAAUUGACUUCAAUCACAAGAAAUAGCUGCAGAGGGUGACUCAUUUGUUCAGACCACAGACCAGAAAGAGAGAGAUGGAGAGGAACAAACCACCCCCGAGUGGCUGCCAAACUUUUUAGGGCCGGUCUCCUCUUCACCCCUCCCAUCUCAUUCUUUCCUUUGGGCACUCGGAUAAAUUUGUACAGUAUACACUUGGCGACGGUCUGAACGGUGCGUGCUGGUGAUCUCAAAGGGACCCUCCAGAGUAAAUAUUCUACGAUUCCAAAGGAAGCAAGCUCAAGAGAUGGCCACACCAAAAAACACCCCUCGGGGCGCAAACUCCCCGCUCUCCCCCAACCGCAUCACGCGUCUUCAGGAGAAACAAGAUCUCAGCAACCUCAACGAUCGUCUGGCCGUUUACAUCGACAAGGUCCGUUCCCUGGAAGUCGAGAACGCCGGCCUGCGUCUGCGCAUCACCGAGUCCGAGACGGAGGUCUCGCGCGAGCUGACGGGUCUGAAGGCCGCCUACGAGACGGAACUGGCGGAUGCCCGUAAGACUUUGGACUCGGUGGCCAAGGAGCGUGCACGCCUACAGCUGGAGCUGGGCAAGCUGCGAGAGGAAUACAAGGAGCUGAAAGCAAGGAACACGAAAAAAGAAUCGGAUCUGUCAGGAGCGCUGCAGCGGCUCAAAGACUUGGAGGCCUUGCUGAACUCCAAGGAUGCGUCUUUGACGACCGCGUUAGGAGAAAAGCGCACGCUCGAGACAGAAAACAGGGACCUGAAGACGCAGGUUGCUAAGCUUGACACCAGCCUGGCGGAUGCCAGAAAGCAGCUGCAGGAUGAGAUGCUUAGGAGGGUGGAUGGAGAGAAUCGCCUUCAGACCCUCAAGGAAGAGCUGGAGUUCCAAAAGAACCUUCAUUCUGAGGAGCUGCGCGAGGUCAAGCGGCGCCACGAGUCCCGCAUGGUGGAGUUGGACAACGGCCACCAACAAGACUUUGAAAGCAAAUUGGCUGAUGCUUUGAUGGAGAUGCGAAGCCAGCAGGAACUUCAAAUUAAACUCUACAAGGAGGAUGUGGAGAAGACCUACAACUCCAAGCUGGAAGGCGCACGUCAAUCAGCCGACCGGAGCAGCCAUCUGGUGGGCGCGGCGCACGAGGAGCUCCAGCAGACGCGGGUCCGUCUGGAGUCCGUGUCGGCUCAGUUAAGCCAGCUGCAGAAGCAGCUUGCAGCUCGUGACGCAAAGGUGAAGGACCUGGAGGAGACUCUGUCGAGAGAGCGGGACACCAUGCGUCGCCUGCUGGGGGAGAAAGACCGAGAAAUGGCUGAGAUCAGACAGCGGAUGCAACAGCAGCUGGACGAAUAUCAGGAGCUGAUGGAUGUCAAGCUGGCUCUCGAUAUGGAGAUCAGCGCCUACCGCAAGUUGCUCGAGGGCGAGGAGGAGAGGCUGCGUCUCUCUCCGAGCCCGCCCCCGACAAGGAUGGCAGCGAGUCGCUCCUCGACCGCGUCGGCUCAUUGCCGUUCCUUCAGCUGCGGUGCUCAGAACUCGGCCACCAAGAGGAGGCGUGCCAACGACACGGACAGCGAGGCUUCGAGCUUCGCCGGAGGUGCCGUGGCACGUACCCGCAUUACCCAGCAGGCCUCUGCCAGUGGGCGCGUCACCGUGGAUGAGGUGGACCAGGAUGGCAAAUAUGUCCGACUCAGCAAUAAAGCAGAUGAGGAUCAGAAUUUAGGGAACUGGCAGGUGAAGCGACAGGUCGGAUCUUCUGCACCAAUUGCAUUCAAGUUUCCCUCAAAGUUCAUCUUGAAGGCUGGCCAGAGAGUCACGAUCUGGGCGGCUGGUGCUGGGGGAAGCCACAAUCCACCCUCUGACCUGGUCUGGAAGACACAGUCCAACUGGGGCACCGGAGACCAGUUCCAGACCACCUUGAUCAACACUAAUGGAGAGGAAAUGGCGAUGAGGAAAGUGACUCGCACACAUUUGGAAGAGGAUGAUGAUGACAUGGUGGCUCACAGCACCUGUGGGGACAGCGAAUACAAUCUGCGUAGUCGUACAGUUCUGUGCGGCUCCUGCGGCUUCCCCUCGGACAAAUCCAACGGCUGCAGCCCCGUGUCUUCGGCUUCCCGCUCCUUCCGCACCGGCGGCAUCUCGGAGGGGUUGUUGCCCCAUUCCUACGUGUUCAGUAGUACCACACCACGCAAGAGUGGAACCCGAAUUGAGAGCUGUCCAAUAAUGUGAGCCCCUGGAUCUUUUCAUUUCGUUUUCAUUUACAUUCCAAUUUAUUUUCUAUAUUUGAGGUACUUUUAUAUCAUUUUCUACAUGUAGUCUGCAAAAGUAUUUACGCAAAUGUACAUAGGCAUGCUUAUGGAAUAGGUUUGGAUAGAACACAUACAGCACAUUUGACAAUAAAGUUGUAUCCACUCCAAUCCAAAUAGAACUUUGACACCUUAACAUCACUGUUAAGACUUUUUUUUAAAAUUACAAUGACACACUACUUUUAUAACACGAUGAUGCGUAUACAUGUAUCUUUUUUCACAGCAUUGAAGUGAAUAUAAUGUGCUCCCCUUUUUGUGAACAUUUUUUGGUAUCAAUAAAGUUAUUCUUCUUUA